UGAAUGACAUCUGAGGAGAAAAUGUGUCUGUAGACUGACAACCAAGUAUAAUUGUGGACUUUUUCAUCAUUGCCAGAGCCUAACAUAAAUGAUGAUGCUGAACGACAGAUGGACUAUCAUGAACAACAGCAGCUCAGAACUAGACAGCAAACGACUAAACAAGCACAAGACAUGCUGCAACUUCCUGUCAUGGUCCAUUGGCGUAUUGGUCGUGAUAGCAGCUCUUGUCACAACCACAGUCACCAUCUUGUACGUGAACCAGUAUCCUCUGCCUUUCAUCAGCAGUAAAAGUGGCGGAGCCUCCUCCUCACCUGUGAUCUCCACCAAUUCCAAAGACUCUGGCGCCCUGGUGACUGUCUCCCGUGUCACAGACGGAGAGCCAAUUAGCAUCUUUCUGGACCCAAACUGUCCCGAUUACAGUGCCAACUUCCUGCGUUGGGAGGCACUGCAGAGCUCUUUGCUGCGAGCACUGUCCAAUCAAAACACAGAAGACUGGCCAAACAUGGGAUUGGCCCAGAAGCUGUCUGAAGAGCUGAAGGUUCUGUCAGGCCACGCCCACAACCUGAGGCUAGAAGCUGAUUCACUGAAAAGAGGUCAAGGUGUUCUGGAUCAACGUCUGGAUGGACUACAGAGUGAACAGAGCCGUAUCAUACAGGUGUUGUCUGACAGCCAUUCAGGGGUGUCGAAGUUUGCUGCAGGUUUUAGUGAUUCUCUGCUCAGUCUGCAGAGGGAGACUGAGAGUCUGAGGAGACUCAACAGUGACCUGCAGAGGGACAACAAGUACAAAGCUGUCAGACCCAGGGACUGUAGUGAUGUCUUGGCUUCCGGUAACACUCAGGAUGGAGUUUAUUCUGUAUUUCCAACUCACGACCCGGACGGCUUCAUGGUUUACUGUGAUAUGACCACUGAUGGAGGAGGCUGGACAGUUAUCCAGAGGAGAGAGGACGGCUCUGUGAGUUUUUUUCGUGGCUGGGAGGCCUACAGAGAUGGUUUUGGAAGAACUACAGGAGAGCACUGGCUAGGUCUCCAGAGGAUCUAUUCUCUCACCAGGUCAGGUGGUUAUGAAUUACGCAUCGACAUGGCAGAUUUUGAUAAUGCCACAGCGUUUGCACAUUACGCUGAUUUCUCUGUUGGUCGAGACUCUGUGAACCCUGAAGAGGACGGAUAUCCACUGAUUGUGGACGAGUACUCAGGGACCGCAGGUGACUCCCUUCUUAAGCACUCUGGUAUGCGAUUCACGACCAAAGAUCGAGACCAGGACCAGUCAGAAAACAACUGUGCAGCGUACUACCAGGGGGCAUGGUGGUACCGUAACUGCCAUACCUCCAACCUGAAUGGGCAGUACCUAAGUGGAGGCCAUGCCUCCUAUGCUGAUGGUGUGGAGUGGUCCAGCUGGACAGGAUGGCAGUACUCGCUCAGGUUUACCGAAAUGAAGAUACGACCUACUACUAAAUCUGACUCUUGAUCAUCAGAUCCUACACCUGACCUGUUUUCCUGCUCUUAAACCCUAAACCUGACCCUUACACUGUACUGUUUUCCCUAAACCCUGACCCAAACUUAAUCCCCAGAACCUUUCUCCUGUCCUUAAACCAUUAACCAGCACCUUCCUCCCCUGAGCAAUUCUCUGCAGCAACUUCAGGAAAUAACAGCUGCUUGUUUGUAUGUUUUAUCAAAUGUGAUUGGUUCUUUUUAUCUUAAAGACAAGAUGUAAUGAAAAAUGCCUUUUUUUAACCUUUUAGAACGCAUCCCUAGUUUAACUAUGCGACUGUACAAAAAAAACUAUUUCAUUGUAUUCUUAGUUCAAAUACCAAUCAUGUUACCUUUCUGUAAACACAAUUUCAGCCUAUGCAGCUUGAACCAACCAAUUUCUACUAAGAAAAUCAUGACAGUCUUCCAUGAGUCAAUGUUUUGUUAUAAGUGGCAAAGAACUAUGAAUUAUUGGAACUACAUUGUACGCUGGGAUGUCCUCUGUUGUUCCCAACUUUAUAUCUUACAGUUGCCUCAAAAAACUGAAAUGUGUGUUUUGGUUUGCAAAAGGUACGGGAUAUUCAAAACUGUGAAAAAGUCAAUUGCACAAUUUUGGUCACCAAUUGAUGUCACCAGCAUUGUCCAACUUUAUUUACUGUCAGUUGUGAGGAUUAAUAACUUUUCAUACUAAUGCUGUCAGAGUUGAUGUGAAAAUAGAGCUGAUGGUUCAUUAAAGAGUGUCUGGACUUAUUA